GCAGGUGCGCCGCGCGCUGUGGCCCGGGAUGGCUCUGCCGCCGCCAGGGGAGGCCGGCCCGCAGGACAAGAUGUGCUACGCGCCCGAGAGGCUCCAGCGCAGCCCCCAACACCUGGACGCCUACAACAUGCCCUUCCUGCCCUACGGCCACUAUGGGAACUUGCUACCCGCUGCGGAGGAAAAUCUCCAGGCUUUCCCGCCCCGGGAGGCUGCGGUGUCCGAGCCCCACACCGUGCCCCCCUUCACCUUCCGGCCCGCGCCUCCCUUGCUGAGCUCCAGCCUGGCCCUGCAGAGGGAGCCACUCUACGAUCUGCCCUGGUACAGCAAGCUGCCACCGUGGUACGCGAUUCCCCACCUCCCCAGAGAGGUGCCACACUUCAACAGCAGCCACGAGUACAGAGGCGCCACCAGUGGAGACUUGGACCACGUUGGUGGCCAAAGCGACAGUGGCCAGUGUUGUGGACCUGAGAUUUUAAUUAAACCGACGGCUGUGAAUGCUUCCCUGUUACCCGAGGUGAUGAAGACCGCCCAGUUACUACCUUCCUCCCCAGGCAGGCGAUCUGAGGAGGGCUCCAAACUCCCCAACCCGUAUGGAAAGUCGAUUCCCCGUUACCACUUCACCCAGGAGGACCUGCACUUCGUUUUGUUCGGGGUUAUCCCCAGCGUGGAGCACUCAGCCCCUCUGCACCAUGCAAUUUCCGGCUUCCUGGUCCCCACAGACAGCUCUGGUAAAGGCGGUCACAACUGGCGAUCCGAUUCUCUUUGUCGAACUCUGGAUAAAGACUCCCUUCAGCUACCAGAAGGUCUCUGCCUCAAGCAGACGACGUUCGGAGAAUUGCGGCAUUUUGGUGUAUUCUGCAGUAGCCUCAUUGCCAAAGGAGUCAGGUUUGGGCCCUUUCAAGGUAAAGUGGUCAACGCCAGUGAAGUCAAGACCUAUGGAGACAAUUCUCUGAUGUGGGAGAUCUUUGAAGAUGGUCAUUUGAGCCACUUUAUAGAUGGAAAAGGAAAUGCAGGGAACUGGAUGUCCUAUGUCAACUGUGCCCGUUUCCCCAAGGAGCAGAACCUAGUUGCAGUGCAGUGUCAAGGGCAGAUAUUUUAUGAGAGCUGCAAGGAGAUCUGCCAGAACCAAGAGCUCCUUGUGUGGUAUGGAGACUGCUAUGAAAAGUUUCUGGACAUUCCUGUGAGCCUUCAAGUCACAGAACAGGGGAAGCAGGCUCCUAGGUCCUCUGAGGAGUCUGCAGAAGGCUACAGAUGUGAAAGAUGUGGAAAAGUAUUUACCUACAAAUAUUACAGAGAUAAGCAUCUCAAGUAUACCCCUUGUGUGGACAAGGGUGACAGGAAAUUUCCCUGCUCUCUCUGCAAACGAUCCUUUGAGAAGCGAGACCGGCUCCGGAUCCAUGUCCUUCAUGUUCAUGAGAAGCACCGGCCUCACAAGUGUUCUACCUGUGGGAAAUGUUUCUCUCAGUCUUCCAGCCUAAACAAACAUACAAGAGUCCACUCUGGAGACAGACCAUACCACUGUGUAUAUUGUACAAAGAGGUUCACUGCCUCCAGCAUCCUCCGCACACAUAUCAGGCAGCACUCCGGGGAGAAGCCCUUCAAAUGCAAGUACUGUGGGAAAUCUUUUGCAUCCCACGCCGCUCACGACAGCCACGUUCGGCGCUCACACAAGGAGGAUGAGGGCUGGUCUUGCAGCAUCUGUGGAAAAACCUUUCCGAAUCAAGAAGCAUCCUACUCCCAUAUGAAGCUGCAUGAAGGCCACUAGCCCUCAGAGUAUGGAGACCAUGCAAAUCUAAAGGCUAGGAUUCUGUCUUCAUUUUUGUCGCUUUUGGGUGUGUCAAGUGAACAGGUGAUAGUUACACUGAGAUGAGAAACAGAAAAAUGGGACCAGCCAAUGAACUGGAUUUAUCGAUUUAUUUCCUCUGCUUUCGCAGAAAUAUUUUCCACAAAAACGGAGUUUUGGUGAAUCUACCUAGAAAUAGUGAGAGCUGGCUAUUGAUAUAGCUCAAGGGGUCUGGAAACCACACAAACCCUGGGAGAGGGACUGUAUUUUAUUUCAGAAACUGGGAGUAAGUAGAGUUUGAUUUUUGUGAUGAAAAUUACCCUUUCUCUACUAUUUGCUUUGGAUUGUAAUAUGGCUGUGGCCGUUACCUGGUCUAUUCUUCAUAGAAUAAAUUCUUUAAAAAUUCA